ACUGACACAGGAGAAUGACUACAUUUGCGAAGGUUUACUGUUAUAUCGAAGUGAAAUAGCCUACAAAAUGCGUCAUGCCCGAUAUAGUCCACAUAGAGAAUGGAGGGAGAGAAGUUAAACUCGGAUGUAUGCCGUUUUAGCCUACAGUCUGGUAUAGUCAGUUUUGAAACUUUUGGCACCUCUUGUACAAUUACAUGAAUUUCAAGCCAAACCUACUCAGUAGCGAAAUGCCACAAACUCAUCAUUCAAUGAGUGUUGUAGGCUACUCUCUAAACUCUCAAGAACUGGCAGCGUUCCACUGAUCCGGAUAACAGCCCCUAUAAGCACAUUAUUCAGAUCAGGGAGGUAAUGACGUUAAUUGUAGCAACACGGGGCAAAGUAACAUGAAUGAAAACACACAUACACACGCACACACACCUUCUUUUCGGGUAUUCAUUCUCUCGCACUCUGCAUACACUAGUUAUGAGGCAACGCAGGCGCAGUAGUUGUCCAUCACAGCAGCUUCACUGCUGUGUGUCGCUGCCUGGAAAGGAGGAUUUAAACUUCCGGCACUGUCAUGGCGGCGUGGUGGUGUUUCUGAUUGAGAAACGAGAGAACAACAAACCACCCCCACCUCUUGGUGCUUUUAUCAGUAAUCAAGGAUUUAUCAUUCGCAAUUGAGAAGAAAUACAUAAUUCGCUGGGGGAUAACAAGAAGCCUGUCGCGGCAGCGUCUUGGCCCGCUAUGGCGGCGCAUAAACCCGUAGAAUGGGUUCAGGCCGUAAUUAAUAGAUUUGACGAUCAGCUUCCGGUCAAAGUGGGCCAACAGAACACUCACUCCAAAGUCAGCACUGAGCACAAUAAGGAAUGCCUCAUCAACGUCUCCAAGUACAAGUUCUCACUGGUCAUCAGCGGCCUGACCAACAUACUGAAUGUCAACAACAUGCGAAUAUUCGGGGAGGCGGCGGAGAAGAACCUCUAUCUCUCUCAGCUUAUCAUCCUGGACACUCUGGAGAAGUGCCUCGCAGGGCAACCGAAGGACAGCAUGCGUCUGGACGAGACGAUGCUGGUGAAGCAGCUCCUGCCGGAGAUCUGCCACUUCAUCCACACGUACCGUGAGGGCCACCAGUACGCCGCGCAGCUCCGAGCCUCCGCCUCCGGGGUGCUCUUCUCCCUCAGCUGCAACAACUUCAACGCCGUCUUCAGCCGCAUCUCCACACGGUUACAGGAGCUCACCGUUUGCUCUGAAGACACGGUGGACGUCCACGACAUUGAGCUCAUCCAGUACAUCAACGUGGACUGUGCCAAACUCAAGAGACUGCUGCAAGGGACCGUGUUCAAGUUCAAAACCCUCAAGAAGCCGGCCCAGUGACGUGUCAUUAACCAGUCUGGAAAAGGUGCUUUUUGGAAUUGGGUGGAGAACUAUCCAGAUGAGUUUACUAUGCUGUACCAGAGACCACAGGCUGACAUGGCAGAGUGUGCUGAGAAGCUGUUUGACCUGGUGGACAGCUUUGCCGAGAGUGCCAAGAGGAAGGCGGCCGUGUGGCCACUCCAGAUCAUCCUCCUCAUCCUCUGUCCUGACAUCACACAGGAACUCUGCAGGGAGACGGUGGACGACAGCAAAGUCAACAAGAAGAACUUCCUGGAUAACCUGCGUAAGGCGUUGGCUGGCCAUGGCGGCAGUAAGCAGCUGACGGAGAGCUCCGCCAUCGCCUGUGUGAAGCUCUGUAAGGCCUCCACCUACAUCAACUGGGAGGACCAUUCCAACAUCUUCCUCCUGGUGCAGUCCAUCGUGGUGGACCUCAAGGCAUUGCUGUUUAACCCGACCAAGCCCUUCUCCCGGGGGGCAGGCAGCCAGAAUGCCGACGUGGAUCUGAUGAUUGACUGCUUUGUGUCCUGCUUCCGCAUCAACCCUCACAACAACCAGACCUUUAAGGUGUGCCUGGCCUCCUCCUCCCCCCCCACUUUCCACUUCGUCCUGGUCCACUCUCUGCACAGAAUCAUCACCAACUCUCCACUGGACUGGUGGCCCAAGAUCGAUGCAGUGUACUGUUACUCGGGCGAGCUGCGCACCAUGUUCGCCGAGACGCUGGGCCGAGUCGUUCAGUCAUGCACUACACACGCCCCGCUAAAGAUGACCUCGAGCCUGACCUUCAAGGAGAAGAUGACCAGUCUGAAGCUAAGGGAGAAGACCGCCGACACGGAUAGCAAGAGCCACAACCUGCUGCUGGCGCUGGUCAAGCUGAUCCACGCCGACCCCAAACUCAUGCUGCAUAACCCCGGUAAGCAGGGCUCAGACAUCCAGAGCAGCACGGCUGAGCUGAUCACCGGUCUGGUGCAUCUGGUGCCUCAGACCAACAUGGGAGACAUCUCUCCAGAGGCCAUGGAGGCUCUGUUGGUUCUCCAUCAACCAGAGACCAUUGAGAUGUGGAACCCAGAGGCUCCCAUAGAAACGUUCUGGGACAUCAGUUCCCAGGUUUUGUUUUUCAUCUGCAAAAAGCUGAUCGGCCAUCAGAUGAUGAACAGCACUGAGAUCCUCAAGUGGCUGCGGGAGAUCCUCAUCUGCAGGAACAAAUUCCUCCUCAGGAAUAAAGACCGGGCGACGGCGGGCAGCGGUAUCCCCAUCUGUCGCCAGGCUCAGACGGUGCUGGAGGUGGGCCUGUACAUGUUCUUGUGGAGCCCGGACAUGGAGGCGGUGCUGGUGGUCAUGUCCUGCUUCCGCCACCUGUCCGAGGAGGCCCACAUCCGCUGCGGCGUGGACGAGGUGCCCAUCCAGACCAUCCUGCCCAACUACAACACCUUCAUAGAGUUUGCCUCCGUCAGCACCAUGAUGGCCACAGGCCGUUCAGCAUUACAGAAGAGAGUGAUGGCCUUGCUGAGGAGGAUAGACCAACCAACAUCUGGAAACAUUGAGGCCUGGGAAGACACCCACAGGAAGUGGGACCAUGCCACCAAACUACUCCUGAACCAUCCCAAGUCUAAGCUAGAGGAUGGCCAGACCCCUUUCUUCCAGGAGUGGAUAAACAUGACGGGCUUCCUGUGUGCCCUGGGCGGGGUGUGCCUGCAGCAGAGGACCACCUCCCUCCUGGGCACCUACAGUCCCCCCAUGGGGCCGCUCUCGGAGCGCAAGGGUUCCAUGGUGUCCAUGGGCUCGUGCGACGGCGUCGCCGAGACUUCCCUCAGCAAGUUCCUGGACCGGCUGCUGUCGCUGAUGGUGUGCAACCACGAGAAGGGCCUGCAGAUCCGCACCAACGUCAAGGACCUGCUGGGCCUGGAGCUCAGCCCCGCUCUCUACCCCAUGCUCUUCAACAAGCUCAAGAACAGCAUCAGCCGCUUCUUCGACACGCAGGGCCGCGUUCCCAUCAAUGACACAAACACUCAGUUUGUGGAGCAGACCAUCGCCAUCAUGAAGAACCUGCUGGAUAACCACACAGAGGGCAGCUCCGAGCACCUGGGGCAGGCCAGCAUCGAGACCAUGAUGCUCAACCUGGUUCGGUAUGUGCGUAUCCUGGGCAACAUGGUCCAUGCCAUCCAGAUCAAGACCAAGCUGUGCCAACUGGUGGAGGUGAUGAUGGAGAGGAGGGACGACCUGUCCUUCUGCCAAGAGAUGAAGUUCAGGAACAAGAUGGUGGAGUAUCUCACUGACUGGGUGAUGGGCACCUCAAAUCAGGCUGCUGACGAUGACAUCAAAUGUCUGACGAGGGACCUGGACCAGGCCAGCAUGGAGGCGGUGGUGUCGCUGCUAUCGGGUCUCCCCCUUCAGCCCGAGGAGGGAGACGGUGUUGAGCUCAUGGAGGCCAAGUCUCAGUUGUUUCUCAAGUACUUCACCCUGUUCAUGAACCUGCUGAACGACUGCAGCGAGGUGGAGGACGACGGGCAGCAGGUGGUCGGCAGGAAGAGGGGCAUGUCUCGCCGCCUGGCGUCCCUCCGCCACUGUACCAUCCUCGCCAUGUCUAACCUGCUCAACGCCAACGUGGACAGCGGACUCAUGCACUCCAUAGGCCUGGGCUACCACAAAGACCUCCAGACCCGAGCCACCUUCAUGGAGGUGCUGACCAAGAUCCUCCAGCAGGGCACGGAGUUCGACACGCUGGCGGAGACGGUGCUGGCCGACCGCUUCGAGAGGCUGGUGGAGCUGGUCACCAUGAUGGGGGACCAGGGGGAGCUGCCCAUCGCCAUGGCGCUGGCCAAUGUGGUGCCAUGCUCCCAGUGGGAUGAGCUGGCCCGGGUUCUGGUGACGCUGUUUGACUCGCGGCACCUCCUGUACCAGCUGCUGUGGAACAUGUUCUCCAAGGAGGUGGAGCUGGCCGACUCCAUGCAGACGCUCUUCAGGGGCAACAGCCUGGCCAGUAAAAUCAUGACCUUCUGCUUCAAGGUGUAUGGUGCCACUUACCUGCAGAAGCUUCUGGAACCUCUGCUCAGAUCUGUCAUCACGGCCCCUGAGUGGCAGAUGAUCAGUUUCGAGGUGGAUCCUACCAGGCUGGAGGCGGGGGAGAUCCUGGACGAGAACCAGAGGAACCUGCGGCAGAUGACCCAGCGCUUCUUCCAGGCCAUUGUCAGUUCCUCCACAGAGUUCCCCCCACAGCUCAGGAGCGUGUGCCACUGCCUCUUCCAGGCCACUUGCCACUCUCUCCUGAGCAAAGCCCCCGUAAAAGACAAAAAGGAGAGCGAUAAAGCAGUGGUAAGUCAGCGGUUCCCUCAGAACAGCAUCGGUGCGGUGGGCAGUGCCAUGUUCCUGCGCUUCAUCAACCCUGCCAUCGUGUCGCCCUAUGAGGCGGGCAUCCUGGACAAGAAGCCUCCGCCCAGGAUAGAGAGGGGCCUCAAGCUCAUGUCAAAGAUUCUGCAGAGUAUUGCCAACCACGUGCUGUUCACCAAGGAGGAGCACAUGAGGCCGUUUAAUGACUUUGUGAAAAGCAACUUUGAUGCGGCCAGAAAGUUUUUCUUAGACAUCGCCUCUGACUGCCCGGCCAGUGACUCUGUGAACCACAGCCUGUCCUUCAUCAGCGACGGCAACGUUUUGGCUCUGCACCGCCUCCUGUGGAACAACCAGGAGAAGAUCGGCCAGUACCUCUCCAGCAACAGGGACCACAAGGCUGUGGGAAGAAGGCCGUUUGAUAAAAUGGCGACCCUGUUGGCGUACCUGGGGCCCCCCGAGCACAAACCGGUGGCAGAAACACACUGGUCCAGCCUGAACCUCACCAGCUCCAAGUUUGAGGAGUUCAUGACCAGGCAUCAGGUCCAUGAGAAAGAGGAGUUCAAAGCACUCAAAACCCUCAACAUAUUCUACCAGGCUGGCACCUCGAAGAAUGGAAACCCUGUCUUCUAUUACAUAACGCGAAGGUUUAAGACGGGCCAGAUCAACGGCGACCUGCUCAUCUACCACGUGCUGCUCACGCUAAAGCCGUACUACGCCAAGCCCUAUGAGAUCGUGGUGGACCUAACCCACGCGGGGCCCAGCAACCGCUUCAAGACCGACUUCCUGUCCAAGUGGUUCGUGGUGUUCCCGGGCUUUGCCUACGAGAACGUGGCGGCCAUCUACAUCUACAACUGCAACACGUGGGUGCGCGAGUACACCAAGUACCACGAGCGGCUGCUGACGGGCCUGAAGGGGAGCAAGAAGCUGCUCUUCAUAGACUCGCCGGCGCGCCUCGCCGAGCACGUGGAGCCCGACCAGCAGAAGCUCCCCGCCGCCACACUCGCCCUUGAGGAGGACCUCAAGGUCUUCCACAACGCCCUUAAGCUCGCCCACAAGGACACCAAAGUCUCCAUCAAGGUGGGUUCCAACGCGGUCCAGGUGACCUCAGCGGAGCGCACGCGUGUGCUAGGCCAGUCGGUCUUCCUGAACGACAUCUACUACGCCUCGGAGAUCGAGGAGAUCUGCCUGGUGGACGAGAACCAGUUCACCCUGACCAUCGCCAACCAGGGCACGCCGCUCACCUUCAUGCACCAGGAGUGCGAGGCCAUCGUCCACUCCAUCAUCCACAUCCGCACGCGCUGGGAGCUCUCCCAGCCCGACUCCAUCCCCCAGCACACCAAGAUCAGGCCCAAAGACGUGCCGGGGACGCUGCUCAACAUCGCCUUGCUCAACCUGGGCAGCUCCGACCCCAGCCUCAGGUCUGCUGCCUACAAUCUGCUGUGUGCCUUAACCUGCACGUUUAACCUGAAGAUCGAGGGUCAGCUGCUGGAAACGUCAGGCCUUUGUAUCCCGGCCAACAACACGCUCUUCAUCGUGUCCAUCAGCAAGACCCUGGCGGCCAACGAGCCCCACCUCACCCUGGAGUUCCUGGAGGAGUGCAUCUCCGGCUUCAGCAAAUCCAGUAUUGAGCUGAAGCACCUGUGUCUAGAGUACAUGACCCCGUGGCUGCUGAACCUGGUGCGCUUCUGCAAACACAACGACGACGCCAAGCGCCAGCGGGUCUCCGCCAUACUGGACAAGCUCAUCACCAUGACGAUUAACGAGAAACAGAUGUACCCCUCCAUCCAGGCCAAGAUAUGGGGCAGCCUGGGGCAGAUAACGGACCUGCUGGAUGUGGUGCUGGACAGUUUCAUUAAGACCAGCGCGACCGGAGGCCUGGGCUCCAUCAAGGCCGAGGUGAUGGCCGACACCGCCGUCGCUCUUGCCUCCGGGAACGUCAAGCUGGUGUCUAGCAAGGUCAUCAUCCGCAUGUGCAAGAUCAUCGACAAGACGUGCCUGUCUCCCACGGCGACGCUGGAGCAGCACCUGAUGUGGGACGACAUCGCCAUCCUGGCGCGCUACAUGCUCAUGCUGUCCUUUAACAACUCGCUGGACGUGGCGGCGCACCUGCCCUACCUGUUCCACGUGGUGACGCUGCUGGUGGCCACCGGGCCGCUCUCGCUCCGCGCCUCCACCCACGGCCUCGUCAUCAACAUCAUCCACUCGCUCUGCACCUGCUCCCAGCUCAACUUCAGCGAGGAGACGAAGCAGGUUCUGCGCCUGAGCCUGACGGAGUUCUCCCUGCCCAAGUUCUACCUGCUCUUCGGGAUCAGCAAGGUGAAGUCCGCAGCGGUCAUCGCCUUCCGCUCCAGCUACCGUGACCGCUCCUUCUCACCAGGCUCCUACGAGCGCGAGACCUUUGCCCUCUCCUCCCUGGAGACUGUCACCGAGGCCCUGUUAGAGAUCAUGGAGGCCUGUAUGAGAGACAUCCCUGGGUGUCGAUGGCUGGACCUGUGGACAGAGCUCGCCCAAAAGUUUGCCUUCCAGUACAACCCGUCCCUGCAGCCUCGGGCCCUGGUGGUGUUUGGCUGCAUCAGCAAGCGAGUGAGCCACGGCCAGAUCAAACAGAUCCUGCGCAUCCUCAGCAAAGCCAGCCCACUGCUCAGCAUCGACAGAGGCCUGGAGAGUUGUCUUAAGGGCCCCGACAGUUACAACAGCCAGACGCUGAUCGAGGCCACAGUCAUCUCCCUGACCAAGCUUCAGCCUCUGCUCAACAAGGACUCCCCCAUGCACAAGGCUUUGUUCUGGGUGGCCGUGGCGGUUCUGCAGCUGGAUGAGGUGAACCUGUACUCGGCCGGCACCGCUCUGCUGGAGCAGAACCUCCACACGCUCGACAGCAUGCGCGUGUUCGACGACAAGAGCCCUGAGGAGGUCUUCAUGGAGAUCCGGAAACCUCUGGAGUGGCAGUGCAAGCAGAUGGACCACUUCGUGGGCCUCAACUUCAACUCUAACUUCAACUUUGCGCUCGUAGGACACCUGUUGAAAGGCUACAGGCACCCCUCUCCAAACACGGUGGCGCGCACCGUCCGUAUCCUGCACACACUGCUCGGGCUGGUGGGGAAACACCGGCAGUGUGACCGGUUCGAGGUGAACACCCAGAGUGUGGCUUACCUGGCAGCUCUCCUCACCGUCUCCGAGGAAGUGCGUAGCCGCUGCCGCCUGAAACACAGGAAGUCACUGCUGCUCCCUGAAAUCACCAUGGAGAACAUUCCCAUGGACACGUACUAUAUGCAUCACAUGACCCCAGCUGCAGGUAAGAGUUAGCAGACCCUUCAUGAAUACUCUCCGUGGGCAUCGCCCAAUGUGUCGGACCGGUACCUGACGGCCUACUACCCCACGGUGGGGCAGAUCAGCCCCCGCACUCGCAAGUCCUUGAGCCUGGACAUGGGCCAGCCCUCGCAGGCCAACACCAAGAAGCUGCUGGGAACCAGGAAGAGUUUCGACCACCUGAUGCCCGACACCAAGGCACCAAAGAGGGCAGAGAUGGAGGCUGGCCUCACGACGCCACCAAAGAUGCGGAGAGUGGCAGAGAACGACUAUGAGAUGGAGCCCCAGCGGAUGUCCCAGCACCACCAGCUCAGGAAGGUGUCCGUGUCCGAGUCCAACGUGCUGCUGGACGAGGAGGUCCUCACCGACCCCAAGAUCCAGGCUCUGCUCCUCACCGUGCUGGCCACACAGGUGAAGAACACGACAGAUGAGUUUGACCAGAGGAUCCUUUAUGAAUUCCUAGCAGAAGCCAGCGUUGUCUUCCCAAAGGUCUUUCCAGUUGUGCACAACUUGCUGGACUCUAAGAUCAACACGCUGUUGUCCAUGUGCCAAGACCCCAACCUCCUGAACCCGGUCCAUGGGAUCGUCCAGAGCGUAGUUUACCACGAGGAGUCGCCCCCUCAGUACCAGCCCUCAUACCUGCAAAGUUUUGGUUUUAAUGGACUCUGGAGGUUUGCGGGGCCUUUCUCUAAGCAAACCCAGAUCCCAGACUACGCUGAGCUAAUCGUGAAGUUCCUGGACGCGCUGAUCGACUCCUACCUGCCCGGCAUCGAGGAGGAAGCGAGCGAAGAGGCGCUGCGGACGCCCACCUCGCCCUACCCGCCCGCCGUGCAGAGCCAGCUCAGCAUCGCCGCCAACCUCAACCUGUCCAACUCCAUGACCUCGCUGGCCACCUCGCAGCAUGCACCAGGCAUCGACAAGGAGAACGUGGAGCUGUCUCCGACCUCAGGCCACGGCAGCGGUAGCCGGGCGCGGCACGGUUCGGCCAGUCAGGUGCAGAAGCAACGCAGCGCCGGCAGCUUCAAGCGUUCCAGCAUCAAGAAGCUGGUGUGACGAGUGCCCGGCCGCCGACGCCCUGCCCGGGCACGUGUGCCCGUCUUAACACCGAUCCUCUACGCCACACCACACCACACCAGUGGUCUAGCUAACCUGACCAGCUGCUGUCUGGUUUCGCCUGUGAUUGGGCUUUUUUUCAGUCUCCAUCUCCUUGGUUAGACGCCACGUCCUUAACGACGCCUGGCGAUCAACAUUUGUUGGGAGAGCUACCAGGAGCAGAUUCUCAUGUUGUUUUUCUAAAAGGGUCCAGUGUUCGGUAUGUUUUGGGAUGACCUGGAAGCGUCUCUUUAAGGGGGUGUGUGUGUGUGUGUGUGUGUGUGUGUGUGUGUGUGUGUGUGUGUGUGUGUGUGUGUGUGUGUGUGUGUGUGUGUGUGUGUGUGUGUGUGUGUGUGUGUGGGUACACACACCCAAGUUAUCUGAAGUAAUCUGACACUAAAUGAGUGCACUGAAACAUUGAAACGGCGCAGUUACCAUGGAGACGGCGGCCAUUGCGUUACCUCUUCUGUUGUUUGCUGUGUUCUGUUUUAGAACGGAAGUAUUCUUCAAUUUGCACAUCAGUGAUUUUUUUUUUUUUUUUUUUUUUUUAAAUUACACUUCUUCUUUUCUUUAAUGGGAACAUUUUCUUUCCUGAGAGUUUAAGACGACGGACAUGGAACUGUGGACAAGAAGGAGGGGCAGGGUGAGACCCGAGACUUACUGAUGGGGAGGAGGGGAGGGCCAGCAGGUACGUGGCCUGGAGGUGUUUCAUCUGACUUUGCCGUGAGGUGUCACCCUCGAUGUGAAGACCCCGUCAUUCCUUCGAAGCACCACCACCACCACCGCCACCACCACCACCGCCCCCCAGAGAACCCAGGUCCACCCACGUGAGAUGAGACCCCAAGGUGGACCAACGGGCCUCUUUAGGCUUUUAGGACGUGACCGCCUGUGUCUGACCGUCUUUCAUAUCACACGAGUUGCGUUGGUGCUGACCACAGGGCCCUUCCUCUCUGGAGGAGGAGGAGGAGGAGGCCGCCGCCGCCCCGACGAUGUCACAGUCUGUGGUCCUGACUAAAACUGACUUCAAAACGACUUUGUGCUGACCCUUCGAGUGAAUCGAUUGAAUGCUUCCAUUCUGUUGAGCGUGCACGUGUUGGUGCAGGGUUGAGUGUGGCGAGGUGUCUGUGGGCCGCCCCCCGAGGCCUGCCGGAGCUCUCGCUGGGAGUGUGGGAACAGAAGACAGACAGACAGACACAUCUCUCACAAUGUCAAGCAGAGGAGCUUAUUUCCAGGACUCCAAAGGCCUCGCUGUCAUUAGGUGAAGUGUGCGAAACAGAACUCACUUGAUGGCAGAUUCUAUCAUUGUAUCACACACACACACACACACACACACACACACACACGCACAUACACGCACACACAGAGGGAGAGAAAGGCACACA